UGCCGAAGGUGCGGUGAACCUGCUGCCGAGAGUGUCUACUCGGACUUCUCAAUUUUAUUGUCUGAAGAACCCAUUCAAGAAUCAGAGACCAUAAACAUGGGAGUAAUCUUCGGAGAAGACAAAUUCAAAAGUUUUGGUGUGAAUGAAGAGGAUGAAUCAGAUGACGAUGCUUUGAUCGAUCCAGAGGAUCAACUAUAUUUUCCCCUGGAGGAAAAAUUUAUCGACAUUUCAAAGAAUAUAAGGGACCUUGUACAUAUAGAGAUUACCAUCAAUGCUGUAUGUAAUCCGAGUUGCAAAGGUUUAUGUCUCAAAUGUGGUACAAAUCUUAAUAUUAGCAAUUGUAAUUGUAGGACAAAUGAGGUGGGGGGAAAAGGUUAUGGUCAUGGACCCCUUGGAGGUUUGAAAAAGCAAAUGCAGCAAACAUGAUCUCAAUAAUUUGCUUUUAAUAUUCAUUCAGUAGCAUUGCUGAACUUUUUCCCUCAUCUGUCUUGAAGGAAAAUCACCUUGAUGUAUUAUCUUGUGUAUUCGCAUUAUUUCCAGUUGUUAAAGAGUCUGUUUUUCCUUCUCCUUUUUGGCUUACAACAUUGUUAGGCACUGCUUUAUUUAAGCAGCCAGGCUCUUCUUGUUCAUACCAGUUCUGAGUGGACUAUUUGACUCCUGGGGAGGCUCUUAAGUCCAUCCCCCAGCCACCACGCGGUGACCUGCUCGAGCCAUGGGAACACCUUGAGCAGUGCCACCUGCAGCAGACGUAAUGGCAUCCAAGGCAUUGAAGGUUGGACUCUCCCAAGUACAAGGGAUUGAAAUGCAUGUACUAUUUACUUUUGCAGAAACUAAACUUGCUGGAUUUGGUUCUUUAGUCCAAAUAUAUGAACCCGUCCAAUAUUUUUUA